AUGCCUGGCCUUCCGUACUCAGUCCCUUCGAACUACGUGAUCCGCCUGGUCGAGACGGACCCGGUGUCCGCCAGCCUCGGCCACCCUGCGCACCCGGUGCAGCCACACCCGUCGCAGCCGUCGCACUUCCAGUUCCCGCGCACGUCGCUGCACCAGGCGACGCUGCAGUCGCACUUCAACGGCCCGCACGCGCCGAGCAGCGUGGCCGCGCCCACGACGGGCACCGCGUUCGCCCCGGCAACCGACAUCCGUGAGACCCUGCGCGCCUACCACAUCGAGAUCGAGACGCCCGGCGUCACCGAGGAGAACAAGACCGACCUGGUCAUCACGUGGAUGAGCCCGCACACGCUGCUUGUCCAGGGCGUGGCCGGCCGGCCCAAGAACAUCGGCUUGCUGGAUGGGGAGGAAGGGCAGAGAGUGUGGGAGGGCGAGGGCGACGGAUGGGCCACCGAGGCGGGCCACGGCAAGUCCCAAGAAGAGACUGACGACGGCGGCCCGCUGCAGCGCGCGAAAUCGCGAGAGACCAUGGAAGAGGAGGCGCUGGCGGACUCGACGCCGACCAUCCUGCUCUCGGAGCGGCGCGUCGGCGCCUGGCGCCGCACCUUCACCCUGCCCGAGGACGUCGAGAUGAAGGAGCUCAAGGCCCGGCUCGACGGCGGCCUGCUGCGCAUCGACCUGCCCAAACGCAGUCUGGAGGACAUGGCCGCGCUGAAGGGCGCGGGGGUCAGGAUUGAGAUUGCAUGA